AUGAAGUGAAGAAGGGAAUUUUGCUGCUAUUGUUAUUGUUUAUAAUUUUGAUGGCGGUCGGCGACAAUUUCGUCUAGGAAAUUUAUUGUGAUUUCGGUAAAAAUAAAAACUAAUCAUGUUAAAAUGGUUAAAAAAGCCAUACGUAAUUAUUGGUAUUGGUGUUGGAGUUGGUGUGGUGACAUGCGUAGUUAAAGUAUUUCAAAGACAAGGUGCUAAUUCAGAAAUUUCAACUAUUACUAGUGACAAAAUUUCUCGAAUAGUCAAGAUACCAAAAGGACUUGUUGGUCAUGUUUUAGGAAGAGGAGGCCAAACUAUAAAAUCGAUUCGUGAAAAAACUAAAACAAAAAUAAAUUUCAGUGAUAUAGAUGAUGAAUUCACCAAUGCUAAUAUUAUUGGUCUAUCAGAAUCUGUAGAAGAAGCUGCAGAUCUUAUCAAUGAAAUAAUAUUGAAUCGCCAUGCUUGUAUAACCAAAGAAAUAUGUCUUAAUGAAACUAUUACAGAUUCUGUUUGGAAAAAUAUCAGCUCUAUCAGGCAAAUAUGUGAUUUAUCAAGAGCAAAAAUUACUUUUGAUUUCAAACCUUCUAAAGGCAAAGAUUCUCAAGUGAAAAUAGUUAUAAAGGGAAGGAAAGAAGAAGUUGAUGCUGCGGUUGAGUUAGUGGAUGAACUUGUUGCUCAGGUUGAAGUGAAUACUACCAACAAACAGACACAUGUAGCUGGUAGAGCACUACCUGAGAAUUUACCAUUACAUAUUCAUGCCCUUCAAAACUUGCCAGUUGAAAAGCUGAUCCCAAGCAAUUCAGAUGGGUACCAAGAAGUAUAUGUUUCAGCUAUUGAAAGUCCGAGCAAAUUCUGGGUUCAAAUAGCUGGUUCGAAAUCUAUCCAGCUUGACAAACUGGUUACUGAAAUGACAGAAUUUUAUAAUGAAGGAAAGAAUAAGGAGAAGUUCCGACCAAAUAGCAUCAAAGUAGGUGAUGUUGUUGCUGCUGUUUUUGAAGUCGAUAAUAGUUGGUAUAGAGCGCAAGUACUUGAAGUUUCGGGUAAAGGCAGUGAUACUAAAAUCAGUCUCUUUUACCUUGACUUUGGUGAUAGUGCAGAUGUUAGCCCCGAUUUAGUGUGUGUAAUCAAACCAGAUUUUCUUUCAAUACCUUUCCAAGCUAUUGAAUGUUCACUUUAUGAUGUUGUACCUGUCGGAGAAGAAUGGACUGAAGAAGCAUUAGAUGAAUUUGAAAAAAUGGCUUAUGUAGCUCGCUGGAAAAUAGUGAUGGCCAAGCCAAUUCAAAAACCCACUCGAAAUGGUGAAAAAUUAGAUGAUUCUAUUCAGUUCGUUGAAAUAAUAGAUACGAACACUGAUCGAAAUAUAAAUAUUUCAGAAGAACUCAUUGUAAAGGGUUUUGCCAAAUUUGCUUGUUAUUCAUAAAUGAAAAGUGGUCCUAAAGACCUAAUCUCAGUGAUUAUCCUUUGUUCUCUUAAGUGUGUUUGAGUGCCAUGUACAGAAAACGUUUUGUAUUAAAGUAAAUUUUUAGUUUCUGCA